AUGGCGGCUCAGCCUGCUUUCCAGCGCGUCGUCAAGCGCAACGGCGUGCUCGACCUCGCCGUCCCUGCCCAGCUCCGUCGUCGUCAGGCCGCCGCCCCCGGGGGGGCCGACGAGUCGGCGGCGGGCGGAGGUGCCGCCAACCCGGCCACGACGACGACGGCCGCAGCAGAGACGACGACCAGUGCUCCUGCGGCCACUACGACCACUGCCGCACCGACGACAACCACCACCGCGGCACCGACCACGACCCAGGCCACCACGACCACCUCUGCCCCCGAGGACACCCCCUCGAGCACCACGACCACCGCAGCCCCGUCCGACAGCUCGACGACGACGACCUCCGCCGAGGACUCGACGACAACAUCGCGCGCUCGCACCACUACGUCUGCUCCCGCAGACACGACCGUCACCAGCGUCAUCACGCCCACGACGAUCAUCGUCGUCGGCACCUCGACUAUCACGUCGGCGCUCGCGCCCGUCACCUCGACCGGCACGCGCUCGCUGUCGCCGUCCGAGGCGUCGGCGGCGGCGUCGGCCGCGAGCGGCAGCGGCCUGUCGACCGGCGCCAAGAUCGGCAUCGGCGUGGGUGCAGGCGUCGGUGGCCUCAUCGCGCUCGGCCUCCUCGCCUUCUUCUGCCUCGGCAUCGGCCGCAAGCGCCGCGAGAAGCGCGACGCGGCCGACAACAUCCUGUGGCCCGCCACGGGCGACAGCGCGGCGCUGUACCCCGAGCCGGUCCACAACACGGGCCGCGCCGGCUUUGGCGUCGGCGACGACGGCGACGAGCCGUACGAGCACCUCGACGGCGGCAACGGCGCGGGCAUGGCCGAGGUCGCGGGCGCGGGCGCGGCCGGCCUAGGCGCGGCGGGCGUCCUCGGCCGUUACGGCUCGCAGUCGACGCAGAGCCACCAGCCGACGCUCCCUGCCGUGCCGCCGUCGGUGUACACGUCGGACCACAGCACGCAGUACGGCAACUACUACGACGGGAGCUCGCCCGAGGGCGCGAGCGCCUAUUCGGCGUACCCGCAGACGCCGUCGCAGCACUCGCACGCGCCGCUCACGCUCGGCCCGGCCGCCGUCGGCUACGUCGCGAGCGAGAACCGCCACUCGCCGUCGCCGCCACGCACGGGCUCGGCGUCGCACGACGGGCACGCGUCGUACGAGGGCGGCGGGAGCGCGUCGGGCCACUUGCCGUUCCCGGGCGAGGCGGCUGCGCCCGACGUGCCGGACCGCAUGAUGAGCCCGCGCCCGAUGCAGGUCGGCGACACGUUCGGGCAGGGGUACGACGAGACGGAGCAGGGCAGGCGGUGGAGGCUGAGCGUCGUCAACGACGACCCGCGCGACCGCGACUGAGGGAGCUGCCGGCUCGGCCCCGACUCGCGUCGCCGCGCUGUACCACUCUCUUUCCGCCUCACGACCACCGCACGCUCGCUUUCGCUCCCCUUCGUACCUUCCCUGUACUCGCGCCCGACGCGCCUCACGCUCGUUCUCGCCCGCCCGCUCCAUCAGACACUUGUCCCCCACGUUCGUUUUUGUUACCACCCCUACCUCGUAGCCCUCCCCCUCGUUGCCCUCGGUGUGCGCUCUCUCUAUCGAAUGCGAUAUCGACGUUGCACCUA